AUGGAAGUACAAAGUCGAAUUAAAGCUUACAAGUUUGUAGCUUACUCCGCUGUUACAUUUAGCAUUGUUGCUGUGUUAUCAUUAUGCAUUACUUUGCCUAUGAUUUACAAUUACAUUCAUCAUGUAAGACGACAAAUGCAUACCGAAAUUGCUUUUUGCAAGCAGUCGGCAAAGCAAACUUGGACUGAUGUGGACCGAUUAGGUCAAUACCCUGUUGUUGGACAUAAUCGAACAGCCCGUCAGGUCAGCCAAUGUGAAGGUUGUUGUAUUACUGGUCCAGCAGGUCCUAAAGGUCCACCUGGUAGGCCAGGAAAACCAGGUAAACCAGGAGCACCUGGUCUUCCAGGAAAUCCUGGUAGACCACCACCACAACCAUGUGAGCCUGUAACACCACCACCAUGCAAACCAUGCCCACAAGGACCACCUGGACCCCAAGGACCACCAGGACCACAAGGAGAUCCAGGACCAGAUGGUGCUCCAGGACAACCAGGACCUGACGGACCUCCGGGAGAACCUGGAGCUCAAGGACCACAAGGAUCACCAGGAGAACAAGGACCCGCAGGACCAAAUGGAGCACCAGGAGAAAAUGCACCGGAUGAGCCACUUCAACGUGGACCACCAGGAGAACCAGGAGAUCAAGGACCACAAGGACCAACAGGACGACCUGGACAACCAGGCCAAGAUGGUGCAGCUGGACCUCCUGGACCACCAGGAGAGCCUGGUGCAGAUGGACAACCAGGAACAAACGGACAACCUGGUGCACGUGGAGAACAGGGAGCUCCUGGCAAACCUGGCGAGCGGGGAGUAUGCCCAAAAUACUGUGCAAUCGAUGGUGGUGUGUUCUUCGAAGAUGGUACCAGACGUUAA